AUGGAUGAAGAAGCAUUAACUAAGAAAGCGAGAAUUGAGGUCAAAGUGGAGGAUACGAAUUCUAAUAAAAAUCUUGUUUGUAAUAAUAAUAAAUGUACAUUACUCUUACCGCUGUCUUCUGUCAAAGAUAAUUCAAUUGAAGAAAUUAUAAAGAAAGACAUAGUGAAACUAAUUGAUUUUCUACAAGAACAAAACUUAUUUUUAAAUAAUAAACAUUUGGAGAUUUUAUAUGAAGACUCAAGUAAUGAAUUUAAAAAUUCUAUAAUAGAAAUUUUUCCGACCAUUGCCAAAUUGGAUAUAAAACUUCUCAGCGAUAAUCUUAAUAAGAUUAUUC